UGUUUUAUUAACUAAAUUGAAUAAAUAGUUGUACACAGUAGAAUUUAAUUUCAAUCGAAUUGCUCUGUUAAAAUGUUCCUCAAAAUAUAUUUCUGUGUUUUAAUUACAUUGUUUGUGACUAUUACGUCAACAUCAGCAAAAAAACCAACAGUUUCUGUUUAUUAUGAAGCAUUAUGUUAUGAUAGUCAACAAUUUUACACCAAGCAAUUUUAUCCGACAUACAUUAAACUAGGAGCAUAUUUCAAUGUGGAUCUGUUACCAUAUGGUAAAGCUACGCACUCCAAUCAAACAGGAAAAUGGGUUUUCAACUGCCAACACGGGCCGAAUGAGUGUUUUGCAAAUACUGUACAAGCUUGCGUAUUACAUGAUGAAAAAGCUUCUGAAGAACAAAAACUUAAGUUUAUUAACUGCGUUUUAAGCGAUUCCAAUCCAACUUAUGCAGGAUCCAAGUGUGGAAAAGAAAGUGAUUUAUAUUGGGCUACUAUUGAUACUUGUUCUAAGACAGAAGAAGGUGCUAAUUAUUUAGCCCAAUAUGGCGAUCGUACACAUGCAGUGAGGCCAAACAUAUCAUUUGUUCCUACAAUUAUAUUUAAUAGCGUUUACAAUCAAGAAUUGCAAAAUAAAGCAUUAAAAAAUUUUGAAGAAGUGUUAUGUUCCCAACUAUCAGAACCAAAACCAGCCGAAUGUGGAAAAUUUGUAUAAAGACAUGCUUGUGUGAUCUAUUUUUAUAGAAAAUGAA